AUGCGCCUCAACAGCUCCACGCCGGGGGCUCCGGGCGCGCCGGCCGCCGACCCCUUCCAGCGGGCACAGGCGGGACUGGAGGCGGCGCUCCGGGCCCCGGGCUUCGGCAACGGCUCGGGCAACGCGUCGGAGCGCGUCCUGGCGGCGCCCAGCAGCCACCUGGACGUGAACACCGACAUCUACUCCAAGGCGCUGGUGACCGCCGUGUACCUGGCGCUCUUCGCGGUGGGCACGGUGGGCAACGCGGUGACGGCAUUCACGCUGGCGCGGAAGAAGUCGCUGCAGAGCCUGCAGAGCACCGUGCAUUACCACCUGGGCAGCCUGGCGCUGUCGGACCUGCUCACGCUGCUGCUGGCCAUGCCCGUGGAGCUGUACAACUUCAUCUGGGUGCACCACCCCUGGGCCUUCGGCGACGCUGGCUGCCGUGGCUACUACUUCGUGCGCGACGCCUGCACCUACGCCACGGCCCUCAACGUGGCCAGCCUGAGCGUGGAGCGAUACCUGGCCAUCUGCCACCCCUUCAAGGCCAAGACCCUCAUGUCCCGAAGCCGCACCAAGAAGUUCAUCAGCGCCAUCUGGCUGGCCUCGGGCCUGCUGGCGGUGCCCAUGCUCUUCACCAUGGGCCAGCAGAACCGCAGCGCCGACGGCCAGCACCCGGGGGGCCUGGUGUGCACGCCCACCAUCCACACUGCCACGGUCAAGAUCGUCAUCCAGGUCAACACCUUCAUGUCCUUCAUCUUCCCCAUGGUGGUCAUCUCCGUCCUGAACACCAUCAUCGCCAACAAGCUGACGGUCAUGGUCCGCCAGGCCGCCGAGCAGGGCCAGGUGGGGGACCAGCACAGCACGUUCAGCAUGGCCAUCGAGCCCGGCAGGGUCCAGGCCCUGCGGCACGGCGUACACGUCCUCCGUGCGGUGGUCAUUGCCUUUGUGGUCUGCUGGCUGCCCUACCACACACGGCGCCUCAUGUUCUGCUACAUUUCGGACGAGCAGUGGACUCCGUUUCUCUAUGACUUCUAUCACUACUUCUACAUGGUCACCAAUGUGCUCUUCUACGUCAGCUCCACCGUCAACCCCAUCCUGUACAACCUCGUGUCCGCCAACUUCCGCCACCUCUUCCUGGCCACGCUGGCCUGCCUCUGCCCCGUGUGGCCGCGCAGGAGGAAGAGACUGGCCUUCUCGAGGAAGGCCAACAGCAUGUCCAGCAGCCACACCCUCUCCAGCAACGCCACCCGCGAGACGCUGUACUAGGCUCUGCUCCGGGGCCGUGGCCAGGCAGAGCCCGGCCGUGGGUCCUUGUCCCCGACAGAGCAGCCCCCACUGG